AUAAAAGCAGAAAUUCGUUUAUAUCUUUUUUUAGUUAUUUAUUUAUUUGUUUGUUUGUUGCAAAAGGCGUAUUUUAAAUUUAAAGUGCAAAUGAGUGAUUAAAAGUAUAGAGAUAAAGAGAACUUUUCUAUUGAAUCUUUAGAUUCUAAUAUGAAGUAAAUAGAGGCAACUAAUAAUAUAAUUAACAAUUUAGAGAAUUAGUUGAAUGAAUUUUUUACUAAAAAGUCUGGAGGAUAUAAUAGCAAUUAUUAGAGCAAUCACAAUAAUAAUCAGGAAAUGGUUUUACAAAUGAGCAGCUAUUCUCCAAAUAUGAAGAGCAGUCCAUUUAAAUAGAAUGAAGAUAGUUAUAUAAAUUCUAUUAACUAAUAAAGCAGCAAUACAACUAUUGUAAAUAGUAAAUAGCAAGCUAGUGAUUAUUCGCAGAAUUUAUAUGGAGAAAGAGCAGCAAGCUCAGAAAAAAAGUAAUACAAUUUUUAAGAAGAGAUAAAUUCUGUAGAAAAAGACAGUGAUGAUGAAAAUUAAGAUGAGUAAUUUAGAAACCAAAAUUUAAAUAGAAACAAAAAUGAAGAUUACAAUCAUGAUAAAGAUGAAUUAGAUGUAAAAGUGAAUGAGAGCUAGUUAAAUAACACAUUUACAAGUGAAUAAAUGUUGAGAUUAAAAGAUAAAUACCUCUUAAAAAAUUAUCAAACUAGCAAUGAGUUAUAAGCAAUUCAAGAAGAUUAGCUAGAUGAAAAUGGUUAUUAUUACAAAAAUUAUAAAUCAGAGCAAGGUGCAUUAAAUGUGAAGAAUAAUUAUAGUAACUUAAUUUAGCAAUAACAAGAAUAGCAAGUGCCUUUGUUUUAGAAUAAGAAUUUGAUGCAUCAUUUUUAAUAGCAAUAAGUAGGGUUUAUCGAUUAAUAAUAAUAGCAAAAAUAAAAUUUAUAAUAGCAAUAAUAGUAUUUAUAGAUGAAAUAAUAAUAAUUAUAGGAGAAUUUGAAAUAAAAUAUUUAACUAAAAUAACAAUAAUAAUUAUCUCAAGCAAUGAAUCAAAAGGAUUUAAAUAAUGAAGAUACAGUUGAUAAUUUGUAAAGCUUUAGAGGCGAUGCAAGCUAUGGAAGAGGAAAUAAAAGUAUGUUGGAUAAUUCAGUGAUUUCUGUUAAAAAUAAAGAGGAAUUAGAAAAUGAGUUAAUUUAAUUGCAAAAAAGAUUAAACUAGCUUGAUUAAGAGUCUACUGCUAGAAGAAAUAACGUAGAUCAAACAACUUUUAGUCCAUCAAAAGCCUCGUAAUAAUAUUAACAUUCAACCGUCUAAUAGACGAAUCGAGGUUUAAAUUCGAUUGGCGAUAUAUCCAUAAUUAAUAACAGCUCUUCUACUAUAUAAGCAUAAAAGCAAAAUGCAACAAACAGAGAAUAGCUGCCACAAAGUUAUUAAAAUGCUUCAUCUCGUUCUAAUUCAAUGAUUUAAAAUAGCUAAAAUAAUAGCUCAAUGCUUCCUUCAACUUAUUCAACAAGAGGAACAGACAGUAUUGUAUCAAAAUUACAAAAAAUGGAGGAGUUUUAUUAAAAUAGAACAAGGAUUUUGGAAGAAAGAAUAAACUCUUUGGAAAGUGAGAACUAAAAGCUGUUAAAGACAAAUAGUGAAUUAGUUUAGCAAAAUGAACAGCUUUAAUAAAAGUUGAUGAUGUAAAAAGAACAAUUUUUAAUAGAAAUAUAGCAAAAAUUGAAAGAGUAGGAGCAUCGACUGAAUACAGAGUUUGAGAUGAAUUUAAACAGGUUUUCUAACAAAAAUUAAGAGUUUCUGUCCCAAUAGCUUGAAGAAAAGCACGCCUACUAAAAAGAACUGGAUUAAAUAAAAUUUGAGAGACAGAAUUUGAUGAAAGAGCUGGACGAAUUAAAGAAGAAUAACACAGAACUUGUAGAUGAGAGAGAUAAUAUAAAUUAGAGUUACUCUAAUUUAUUAGCUGUCCACAAUUAAAUGCUUUAAAUUGACAUUUAAAAGAAUGAACGUAGCUUACAUCAUUCAUUUUGUCAAAGCAGUUAUUCUGAUAGAAAUACCAAGCCAGCGGUUGUCACUAACUAGUUAAUUUUUCCUUAAUCAUAAAUUUCAGAGCAUAAAGUCGAGAGCCAGUAAUAUAUUCAGGAUAAGCGUUGCAACUAUGAAAAUCCUAAUAAGAAUUAAAGCUACAUUUCAAAAGCAACUGAUUAAUAAAUAUCAAAAGAGGAUUAACAUGAGUGGAGAGAAGAGCUCAGUAAAUUAAAGGAAGAGCUGGAAAUAGAGAAAAGACAAAGGGAUAAACUAGAGUCAGAGCUUAGAAGCUAGAAUAUCUAGCACCAAGAAAAGAGUCUAUAUGAAGACAAUUAAGAAAUUAAUUCUUUGUAUCAGAAAAUUUUUAUGACCAGGGAAUUGAAGGCAAGAGAAAUAGAAAAAAAUAAAGAUGAAGCCGAUUUGUUGUAGAAAGGAAUUAAAAUAGAUUCGAAAAAUCAAGAAAAUAUAAUUGAAUAAGAGGAAGAAAUAUAAUAAAAUGAGUAUGAAGAUCAAUAAUUUGCACCUAGGUUCUAGCAAGAUGAGAAAGACAAAAGCGAGUUUAAGAGUGUCUAGUUUGAAGAGAAAGGCAGAUAUAGUACGAUAUUUAAAAAUGAGUCCAUCAAUAGUAACAUUCCGAAAAACUACAGCUCAAAUUUGAAAUUAAAAAAUAGCGAGUUAAGAGGAUAUGACUAAUUCACUUAAAAAUCUAUAAAUACUACUUAAAAUUAAAAAAGAUCUUCCUCUUAGUCAUCUAAAGAAGGCAUAAAAAUUAAUAAUUAAUAUGUAAAUUAAUAAAAGCCCCCAAAAACUGGGGGAUUAAUGAUUUCUACCCCAUAAAGUAAAAAAUAAAUAAAAGAAUCAUAUAGUAGUAGAGAAAAUUCAUAAAAGCAUUAUAACUCAAAUUCAUCAUAAUCACAUCUGAUGAAGUCUGUUUCUUUAGAAAAUUAUAACAUUGCUAACUAUGAUACAAGCGAGUCUUAAUAAAACUUAAAUAGUAAAUAUACUCAAGAUUAAACCACAGAUAAAAAGAUGGUUAAGGAAUUUAUCAAGCAAAUCGAUAAAUUAAAGAAAGUGAUCCUAUAAAAAAAGAAGAAAAGCUCGAUUCCAAAUAGUACUAAUCAAUCACAAGGAAGUACGAAAGACAAAUUAUAAACUUAAGAGAGAUAGUCAAGCAGGAAUAAUAAUGAAUAGUAAAUGCAGGUGAGUGUUUAGAAAAAAUCAGUUAAAACUCCAAUUUCUUCUUCCAAAAAAACAGCAACCAGUGCAGCUGUUGAUGGAAAUGUAAAAAGAAGCACUAUACGCUCAAAUUCAGCCAAUAAACAGCGUAUUUGA